AUGUCUGCUCAUCUCCGAGCCGCACCGAGGCGCCCCCAGGCCACAUCACGCUGCAGAUUCUGCGGCAAGCGCGAAGCCAUCGGCCGCCUGAUGGACCCCUGCAACUGCUACAAGAAAAGCGAGGGUGACCUUGUGCACCCCCAGUGCCUCCGGGCGCACCUUGAGCGCCUCAUGACGUCCACGUCGGACGCCGCCGCGAAAGCGGCGCUGGUGUGCCCCACGUGCGGCGUCCGGCUGCGCGUCACCGUCCGCGCAGACCCCUCCCUGACGCACCUGCUGUCCUGGGGGUCUAUUGCGACGGCGGCGCAGCUGUUCUUCGUGUCCGCGGCGCUGUCGAUGGCGCUGACCGCGCUGUACCUCCUGUCGCACGCGCGCGGCGGCGCGGGGGCGUCGAUCACGGGGCUGCGAGCGUGGGAGCUGGCAGUGGUGGCGGUGGCGCCGGGGGGCGCGGCGCUCGUGGUGCUGGUGCGCCGGUGGCUGCGGAUGCAGCAGGAGAUACUCGUGGUGGACAGCCACGUGUAA